AUGUCGUCCGCCCAGCGACGAAGCACCAUGAAGGUGCCGCCAUUCUUCCGUCGCCUGUUCAAAUUCACAUCCAUGGAUUUCGAGACGGCUGUCUGGGAGAUGACACACUUGAUUAUUGCACCCAAGAAGGUGUUCAGAAACAUAUACUACCACAAACGUAUGUACUCCUCUGAUUGCUUGUGUAGGGCUCAGAAAACCAAAAACUCCUACCACCGCCCUGACCCAGCCUUCACCUACCUCCUCUCCCUCUUCUUCUUGCUCACAGGCCUGGCAUGGGGUAUAGCUUACAGUCCCUCGGUCAUUUCCACCAUCCAGGUCAGCCUUGUCUUCGUCCUUAUCCACUUUCUUGGCACCAGUCUACUGGUCAGUACGCUCAUGUACUUCCUGAUCGGGCGAGUGUUGGGACGAAAACGGCAAGGACUCUUCGGGCCUCCGAUUGGUGGUCAAGGAAGUGCAGGUACUGGAGGGGCGCAGGGUGAGGAGCUUGAGUUUGGGUAUUGCUUUGACGUCAGCAUACGUGCGUUCUUACCCAUCUGGGCCUUCCUCUACGUUCUACAGUUCCUGUUGCUGCCGCUCAUCGUGCAAGACUACUGGGUCAGCAAUCUGUUCGGCAAUACAAUGUAUCUGCUCGCACUGUCUUACUACUUCGUCAUCACUUUCCUGGGAUACAAUGGCAAGUCCUCUAUAGCCAUCAAACGCUAG